AAAUUGUCUACGUAUAAGAGUACCAAGAAAAAGGUCACUUUCCUCAACCAGAAAAAAAGACAUUCAGAAUUGGAAAAAGGAGAAGUGAGAACGGAAGCAGCAACAAACCAAAGGUUAAAAGGAGGUAUCGAGAAAUAA